UUGCUGUUGUUUCCUCUCUUUCCCAGCUGAUGAAGACCACAUACAUGAAACACGAGCUGGUCCAGAUGCCUUUCACAGAGCACAGCCAGUGUGAGUGCAGACUGAAAAAAGCUGUGCAUUUAGUCCCACUGAGGCAGUGCCAGCCCUGUGUGGGCCGCCGCAGGGUACUGGACCCGGGCACCUGUGAGUGCCGCUGCAGCGCCACGGCCCGGAGCUGCCAGCUGAAGGGCAGGACCCUGAACCGGCACGCCUGCAGGUGAGGGGCUCCACCUGUGGGGACAGAGGGGUACCGCAGCAGCGCGGUCGGCCUGUGUGAGUCGCCUUCGCCUUCUCAUUCUUGGGGCUCAGACUGCGCCCAUUCGCUCCAGCCCA